UGCGAGUCUAUCUGCGGAGUUAUAGAGUGAUCUUGGUAAUUUAUGUGCAACCAUCGAAGAUGGAUCACUCUUCAACAAUAUCUUCCCCUAAGACUUUCCCCUCUCGGAGACUACGUUGUCGCUAAAUACCUAAGUAUAUGGUGAUCCAUCUGUCAUCAUGGGAAUACUAUCAACGACUAAGCUUAGACGAAGAUGUACUUCCCUCCAUUCUUGGGAGCUUCCCAAACAGACGGGAGCAUUGGCACCGGUGCACAUAUGGACGAAUCGUGACAUGGACCCGACGCCCAUUGAGGAUCAAACAUGGAAUACUUGGAGUAUUCUAGCUUACUGGGCCACUGACACGAUCAACAUAGCGACAUGGCAGACAGCUUCGGCGAUUCUUGCGGUGGGCUUGAGUUGGCGAGAAGCGAUUCCUAUCAUGGUAGUCGGCAACUUCUGCGUUGCUGUCGCUUUGGUACUCAAUGGUGCUAUUGGUGCUAAGCUCCAUGUUCCAUUUUCCGUCAUAGUGACCAGUAGUUUUGGUUACUAUCUGAAAUACUUUUGCAUUGUUAGCCGAGCAAUCUUGGCUAUGUUUUGGCUUGGUAUACAGACUGCGAAUGGUGCGCAAUGCAUCACGAUCAUGCUACGCGCCUGGGCACCAUCCUACAACGACAUACCGAACCAGCUAUCCGAAUCCGCCGGCAUCACGACGCAAGGAAUGAUCUCUUACUUCCUUUUCUGGAUCAUCCAACUCCCGCUGCUUCUUAUCCAUCCUACCAAACUACGACCUUUAUUCUGGAUUAAACUCACCGCGGCCCCAAUUGCCGCUAUCGCGAUGAUGGGGUGGUGUAUAAAGAGAGCCGGAGGAGGUGGUGAUAUUUUCGCUCUGCGCGCGACGGUCGAUGGUCCGCAAUAUGCCUGGUUAUGGCUUACUUGCAUGUCAAGCGUAACGGGUAAUUGGAGUACAUUGGCGGUGAACAUACCCGACUUCACACGUUACGCGAAAUCGGCAAACGGUCAAUAUGUCCAACUUCCUGCGAUGCCCAUUAUCUUCACCGUGUGUGGCGUUCUCGGUAUAGUGACGACAUCGGCAACUAAGGUCUUUAGCGGAGAAUACCUAUGGAAUCCCUUGGAUAUCAUUGCUAUUUGGUUGGACUAUGGUUCGGGUGGGCGAUGCGCAGCGUUCUUUGCCGCCCUUGCAUGGUAUAUUGCGCAGGUCGGCACCAACAUCACGGCGAAUUCGGUUUCGGCGGCUAACGAUUUGACCGUUCUUUUCCCUCACUGGAUUAACAUUAGAAGAGGAUGUAUCAUCGCCGCAAUCAUAGCUGGCUGGGUGCUAGUACCAUGGAAGAUUCUAAGUUCCGCGCAGACUUUCCUCGCCUUUAUGGGUGGCUACGCCGUUUUCCUAGGUCCAAUGGCUGGUAUAAUGGUAUCCGACUACUGGCUUGUUAAGAAGCAACAAAUCGAUAUUCCGGGUCUCUACAAUCCGGACGGUCGCUAUCACUAUAUCGGUGGUUGUAAUUGGCGAGCCGUAGUGGCUUUCAUUGUACCUGUGGCACCUUUACUCCCUGGUCUAGGUCUGAGUAUUAGUGGUUCGGGUGCUGUCCACAUUAACGACGGCGUUACAAAUCUGUACACCUUCAAUUGGCUGUUCGGAUUUGUGACCUCGAUCGUCCUUUACACAGCACUAAGUUACGCCGUACCGGCUAAAGAGACUCUGCUGAAGGCGACAAUUUGGGAUUUAGAGGAGGCUGCUAUCGAAGCACAGGUGCAUUGCGACGACUCAGGAGUAGAGAAAGUCCGUGAGUCCGACCGGGCUGCUAAGGCGGAGUUGUCAGAUGCGAAACCGAUGUAGAAAGGCCAGUCAGAGUUGCCGUAGAGCUAGCAUAUUCCAAAUAGCGAUUCAAUAGAUCAGAGUGGGAUGUCCUAUGCACUACGUAGGUACCCGAGUCCUUGUUUCCGCGUGGCUUCUUGUGCUACGCGGAUAUCUAAAUAGUAUGACGAUGAUUCGUCCAAUGAACCCAAAUCCCUACAAUAUGGCGAGUUUUCGCACUAUCUGAAUACCGAGUCAUACUUGCGCCGAAGUUCCGGGUACGCGCCCUUGCUGAAGGUAGAUGUUAAGCACCUAAGGUUACCGAUGCUCUGGGAGUAAAUCGUUAGAACUUAUUACCUCCGGAAACACUUGUAGGAUACAAGCACCCGCCUAUUAUUAAUAACAAAGGGGGGCAUAAAGACAUGGUGUAGACAUCAUAGAGGUUCCAAUUACCAAUUUUUACAGGGUCAUUCUACCAAUAGGAUCCCGUACCAAUUCUUCCCCCCUACCAAAUAAAGCAAUGUAUGAUGAAAAUGAUCCCGGGUUUUAGGGGACUCUGAAAAUCGGAAAUAAGUUCGGAAUCUCGUCUUCAUAAUCGCA